CGAACUUUAAGUUGGCAUAUCCUAGAGGUGACACAGGAUACAAAGGACCAAACAACAACAUCCCUAUUGAAAAGAUAUGCACCAGGUCAUGUGAAGUUUUACCAACAACCCCCACAUCAUACAAAAUGACAAACUCCACAUUGACAUAUUCAGCUCUGCUAUAACUGUGUGGUCAGACUCAUUUUUAUGUCCUGUUAAUAGAACUUCAUGUUUUAUGAAAUUAAGUAGUCCCUAAUGUCUUUAGGUUCCCAUGUGCGUUUAUUAAGUUACGUGUUAUCAAUAAUCUGAGCCGGGUAAUAUUCUCCUGCUGGAUUUCAUGACCAUCCUUCACCCUUCUUAUUGGACAUCAUCCAUUUUAGUCAUUGCCUUUGGGGCAAGGUAUAUAGGGCGGUUCAAUCAUCCGCUCUCGUCUGUACGACUGUCACCGUCGCGCUCUCCAUGCUGAAUCACAGGAAGAAAUGAUGAUAAACUGGAAAAACAGACAAGAAUAGCGAGAAAGGAAAAAGCAUCAAGAAUGAAGACUCCACCGACAGAAAACAGCUGGCAGGAGCAGGUUGAUGUAGAUGAUGGCCGUUUACUGAUUGAGGAAGAUGAGAAGGAGAGAAGGUUUUCUAGUAAUAUCUUUUGGGCAGGGUUCAACUUGAUCAAUGCCAUCCUGGGUACAGGGAUGAUAGGGUUGCCUUAUUCUAUGAAACUGGCCGGAUUACCAUUGGGAAUUUUACUGUUGCUUGCGGUGGCGUAUGUUACGGAUUACUCCAUGAUACUGCUGAUUAAGGCAGGCGAGAUGUCUGGCACUAGCACAUAUCAAGCUCUUGUCAGCAGGACGUUUGGAUUUCCUGGAUAUCUGCUGGUGUCAUUGCUGCAGUUUUUAUAUCCCUUUGCCGCAAUGAUCAGCUACAAUAUCAUCACAGGAGACAUUUUACCAAAAAUAUUUCAACGAAUCCCAGGAGUUACUCCAGGAAGCAUACUUGCUGACCGCCAUUUUGCUAUCCUGAGCACCACAAUCGUCAUUACUCUUCCUAUAGCAUUAUACCGUAACAUGCAAAGACUGGGAAAGGUAUCUCUGAUGUCCCUACUCUUAACCAUAAUCGUCCUGGUGAUUGUUAUUAUUCGCGCCUCAUCUUACAUGGUCACAAUACCACAUACCGAAGGAGCUUGGGUGUUCGCAAAGUGGAAUGCGAUACAAGCAGUCGGAGUCAUGUCUUUUGUGUUCAUGUGUCACCAUGCCUGUUUUUUAAUUUAUGGAUCGCUUGAAAAAGGAACAGUCAAAAGUUGGUCCAAUAUUACCCACAUUUCAAUGAUCAUCUCCUUAAUUAUCAGUGUCCAGUAUUCGGUUUUUGGAUAUGUGUCAUUUACAGGAUUCACACAAGGGGACCUGUUUGAAAAUUAUUGUAAGGAUGAUAACCUGGUCACGAUCGGAAGGCUUUUCUAUGCAAUGACAGUAAUCCUCACAUACCCGAUGGAAUGUUUUGUUACUAGAGAGGUGAUUUCCAACGUAUUCUUCGGCGGGAGCCUUUCCACUGUCCAUCAUUUUGCAGUCACAUUGCUGGUUGUAUCUCUCACCACAGUCAUAUCCUUAUUUUCGGACUGCCUAGGAAUGGUGCUAGAGCUCAAUGGCCUUCUCAGCGCGACUCCUCUCGUCUUCAUUAUUCCUACCGCUUGCUAUUUGAAGCUCUCGUCGGAUCACUGGUACCACAUCAGCAAUGCCAUGCCCUGCUUCAUCCUUCUGCUUGGUAUACUGAUAAUGCCAGUAGGGUUUUCUAUGACCGUUUUAUAUCCACAGGAAUGUAGUCACGGAAAAGAAAUGUUUUACUGUUUCUCAAAUUCUACACGUACUGAUGUUCCUGUAUCACAUUUAUACCACAGGAAUGCAUCGGAAAUAAAAUAAUUCUGCAUUACCGCACCAUAUGCAUUGAUUUCAUUUAUGAAGUUGUAUGUAUGAAUUCUACUUAC